UCCAAAUACGUGUGCAUUUUAAUGUGUGACGCUAAAGAAGGUGGUGGCUCGGUGAUAAACAUCUCAUCCAUUUCGGGGCUCAACCGCAGUUUAUCUUACGGUGCAGUCGCGUAUGCUAGUUCCAAAAGUGGUGUUGACACCAUGACAAGAGCGAUGGCUAUUGAGUUGGGUGUUUACAAUAUUAGAGUGAACUCGAUCGCACCGGGGCUUUUUAAGUCAGAGAUCACACAAGCUCUUAUCCAGAAAAAGUGGCUCAAGAACGUGACCGACCGGAUUGUUCCAUUAACAGCGGAACAGACCGUGGAUCCGGGACUCACCUCUCUCGUUCGCUAUCUAAUUCACGACUCUUCCCAAUAUGUCUCCGGCAAUGUAUUUAUCGUUGACGCCGGAGCUACAUUGCCUGGUCUGCCCAUUUUCUCUUCUCUAUGA